AUGACGCUCAGUAACGAAAACUUUUCAACGAGUCAAGAACAAUCGACGAGUAGAGAGGAUCCAAUCGAACUGAUUCUCUCAAGUAGCGCCGAGUUCCUCGCGCAGUUAAGUGAGGCUACUCCAUCUGACGGCAACCUUUCCUCGAUUCACUCAAGCUCCACUCAAAUGUCGAUUGUUAGUGAGGGUUUGGAGCAACUCUUCGCUAUUGACGAUAAUGGUAAGACGCACUACAAACAAGAGGUUUUGCAGAGACUUUGUGCACAAAUUGGAUCUAAACCAGUAAGU